AGUCUGACAGGCACACAGUCAACUUGAACACAGUGAACCUACGACGCAAGCUGCCGUCGCCGAGCCACCGGCAGUCACCAGCAGCCAGUCUGCCUGGGAGUUUAGCUACCAGGCUGAACAGCAGCUUGGUUUAUUAUAAUACGAACUACCAAAGCGUGAUAGUUGGAAUUCAAGAAGGCAGAAUUACACAGUAAGACUAUUGCAACCAUUCGUUUUCGCUGCGUUUCGAAGAUGUCUAUAUUACCGUUCACUCCUCCAAUCGUGAAGAGGCUUCUUGGCUGGAAGAAGGGAGAGCAGAACGGACAAGAGGAGAAAUGGUGCGAAAAGGCUGUGAAAAGUCUUGUGAAGAAGUUAAAAAAGACGGGACAGUUGGACGAGUUGGAGAAAGCCAUCACAUCACAGAAUGUCAACACGAAAUGCUUAACCAUACCCAGGUCUUUAGAUGGCCGUCUCCAAGUGUCCCACAGAAAAGGACUUCCUCAUGUGAUUUAUUGCCGUUUGUGGCGCUGGCCGGACCUGCAGUCCCAUCAUGAACUGAGAGCUGUCGACCACUGUGAAUUUGCUUUCCACACCAAGAAGGAUGAAGUGUGUGUUAAUCCCUACCACUACCAGAGGGUGGAGACACCCAUUUUGCCUCCUGUCCUGGUACCACGACAUACAGAUAUCCCUGCAGAGUUUCCACCAUUGGAUGACUACAGCCCAUCUAUCCCUGAGAACACGAACUUCCCUGCUGGUAUUGAGCCCCAGAGUAACUAUAUUCCUGAAACUCCCCCACCAGGCUACCUCAGUGAGGACGGUGAGACAAAUGAUCACCAGCUCAAUCACAGCAUGGACACAAGUUCGCCCAGCCUGUCUCCAAAUCCUGUCUCACCCACAAACAGUAAUCUUGACUUGCAACCUGUGACAUACUGUGAAUCUGCAUUCUGGUGCUCAAUCUCCUACUAUGAGCUGAACCAACGUGUAGGAGAGACCUUCCAUGCCUCCCAGCCCUCCCUCACUGUAGAUGGAUUCACAGACCCCUCCAACUCUGAGCGCUUCUGUCUAGGCCUCUUGUCCAAUGUCAAUCGCAACUCAGCAGUAGAGCUCACACGCAGACAUAUAGGACGAGGUGUGAGGUUGUACUACAUUGGUGGAGAGGUGUUUGCAGAGUGCCUCAGUGAUAGUGCCAUCUUUGUACAAAGUCCCAACUGCAACCAGCGCUAUGGCUGGCAUCCUGCCACCGUCUGCAAAAUCCCUCCAGGCUGCAACCUGAAGAUCUUUAACAACCAGGAGUUUGCUGCUUUGCUUGCACAGUCAGUAAACCAAGGAUUUGAGGCUGUGUACCAACUCACUAGGAUGUGCACCAUUCGCAUGAGUUUUGUCAAAGGUUGGGGAGCGGAGUACAGGCGUCAGACAGUAACCAGCACCCCCUGCUGGAUAGAACUGCAUCUCAAUGGCCCUUUGCAGUGGCUGGACAAGGUCCUUACACAGAUGGGUUCUCCCAGUAUCCACUGCUCUAGUGUGUCAUAGGACCAUCAGACACUGCUAAUAAUAAAGAAAGGAAUAGCACUCAUCAAACAUCUCUUCUCCCUCUGUGUCAUAAACAUUUCACCUCACAUGUUUAGCACUUUUUAGUAUUUAUAAUUUAGUGUCCCCAGGUCAUGGUUGUUGUAUGACUUGUAGAUUUGUUUCCAUGUAUUCAAAAGGCAGCCAUAGGAUAUUUGCAGUAGGAUUAAAAAAAAAUGAUCACCAUGUCUCUGCAUAACAUUGUAUUACAUGUUUGUUUCCCAAGUUGAAGUCAUGGAGCAUUUCCAGCUUGGUCAUCUUUUACAUGUUUCAAAACAUUUUUGAUUCUAUGAAUUAGAUAAAUUAUGGAUUAGAAUAAGUGAAUACAAUCUCACCACUGGUAUUUCAGUGUCCCAGUACCACUUUUACAACCAGUGAAUUAUUUAUCAGUUUAAGCAUUACUUAACAUAAAAAUGUCAUUCUGAGUAGUGAUGAAAUAGAAUAUAUUUAAUAUUUUAAGUACAAGGUACUUUGCCCAUAUUAAUUUGUCUAUGUUAAUGAAAAUGUCAAAUAUCUAAUUGAUCAUUUAAUUGGUAUUUUAUCUAUUUUAAACAAGAAAAUAGACAUUACCACCAUUGUUUUGAAAUAACCCUUGUAUGAGAACUAUUUUGCUCAAUGAAAGAGACAUUUUAUAAGUUAUUUUUUCAUACUGUCCUGCAUGGAAAUAUAUUUUUAUUAUUGCUUCAAUAUGACUGUACAUAAAUAUUUAUAGCUUGUGAAUUUCUUGUAGUUAUGCAUUGCUUUAAACGGUGGACCUGACUAACCUUUGGAAUAGAUUUGCAACUCUGGUUAACAACCCAAACAACUCCUGCUUAUACCUGAUGUGGGGUUACCUCACCCUUGUCAUCGGGGUUUUAGGUGCAACACAUAGGAUGACUACCAGCUGUAACUGUUAUUUCAUAGUAAAACAUAUAGUGGACUGUUUGAUUUAGGCUUUAUCACUGUGUGGCGGCUGACCACAGCUGUGGUCCAUCCAUUGAUGGCAUGUAGAGUGAGAACAAAAGUACAUGUUUUUUUUUUGUUUUUUUUUACAGUAUCGCACACUGCGCUCCUUGUGGGUAAAUGUACUUCCAGUUACCUGUGCAAGCUUUAGUUCUAGUGGUAAUUUGCUUGUCUAAUACUGUGUAUUAAAUGUACAUUGCUACAAUAUGAAGCAUGUGUAGUAUGCUUGCUGUCUAUGAAGUCGCCAUGUUAAUUCUGCACUUACUUACAGUACGUAAGACUCAGCCAUCCCUAUAGUCUGUUGCGAACAGUUACACAGUGUCAAACUCCAGUGCUGUGUACUACAGUGCAUUAGAUUAUUGAUAGAUCUGUAUCAGUCCUUGCAUUCUUUGGUAUUCUUAGUUUCAGAAUUUAUGUUCCAAGUCUUAUGUACAUGUUUUUUCAUGUAUUCUAAUAUUUGACUUUAAUGACCAUUGUUUUAUCAUUUGUGAAAAUUUAAUAAAUUGCAACUGAAUGAAAA